AUGGCUAAUGAAGAUAAUGUCUCAAACAGCGCUGGUGAAAGAACCAGCGAAAAAGAAUCAUCUAAAGAUGAGCAAAUUCAAAUGCUGAAAGAAAUGAAUGAAAGAUUGUUAGCCUUACUAGAAGCUCAAGGGGCUAGUAAGGUUGAUGAAGAGGAAAAGUUUUACAAAAGGUUAGCUUCUCAUCAACCUCGAUUCUAUGAUGGGGAGGCGAACCCUGUUAAGUUUGAGGAUUGGGUGAAUCAUAUGACCAAAUUGCUGGAUGUGGUGAGUUGUCCAGAGCACCUGAAGGUCAAAAUGGCCUCCUUCUAUUUAGAAGGACCUGCUGAUAUUUGGUGGAACACCACUAAAGGACUUUCCAAGCAGCCUGACUUCAGCUGGGAAAAGUUCACUGAAAAAUUGAAAGACAAAUUCUUUCCUCUGGCUUUGCGGAGAAUUAAGGAAAAUGAGUUCCUAUUUCUAAGACAAGCUAAAAUGUCUGUGUUGGAAUAUGCAGCAAAGUUCUUAGAAUUAUCAAGAUUUGCCCCAGAUUUUGUGGCAAAUGAAAGAAUCAAAUCUAUGCGAUUUUUUGAAGGGUUGAAUUUGAAAUAUCAGAAGCGGGUAGGAUCAUACUCCACUUUCGAGGAACUUUAUGAUAGGGCCUUGGAACAGGAGCGAAUCGAGAUGAAAGAUGAAGAGUAUCGAAAGAGGAAAAAUGGGGGAAAAACUAAAGCGGAGAAUGUAAAAAGAUUCAAGAAAGAAGAGGGAACUGGAGUAACUUUUAAACCUCAAGGGGGAGGUGAAAAAAUAAACAAGUCUGAAUGGAAGUGCAGAAUGUGUGGAAGGAAUCAUUAUGGGAGAAAUUGCGCUGGGGAGUUGAUUUGUUUUAAGUGUAGAGGUACGGGACACAAGAUCGGAGAGUGUCCAAAAGGAGCAGGGGAUAGACGCUUUAAUUCAGGAAAUAAUCGAGAUAGCAAGCCAUUGAUGCUGACAGCAGGUGUAGGUAGCUCCAGCCGUGGGAAUAAAGGAGGGUUUAACGGUGCUCAAGGAAGAUCAGCUGGAAAGGUGUAUGCCAUUAAGUCGGAGGAUACUAGCACGACAGAGACCCCGGAAUUGGAAGGUAAUGUGAUUUCUGGAAACUUUUUAGUAUGUAACAAGUUGGCCAAUGUACUAUUUGAUACUGGUGCGUCCCAUUCCUUUAUAUCUAAUAAAUUUGCUAAGGAGAUACAAAAUAAACCUUGUGUGGAACCUAUCAAUAUGUCAAUUUCCAUGCCCGACGGGAAUUCAGUUCGUUGUCAUUGGAUCCUCCGGGACUGUGUAAUUCGAAUAGUGGACUCCGAGCUCCUUGCAAACCUGAUACCGUUAAAUUUAGAAUCUUAUGAUGUUAUCUUAGGAAUGGAUUGGCUGAGUAAUAAUAGAGCAGUGGUUGAAUGUUAUUCAGAGAGGAUUAAACUGCACCAGGAGGAAAGGAAGUGUUGUAUCAAAGGUGUUUUCCUAGAGGCAGGAAAUGUUUGA